AUGGCGCCUGUUAUCAAAAUCCAGUCAGUUCAAGCUUCCAGCCUUAUUUCCACCUCUCCUGUUUCUUUUCCAGUUCUGCUUCAUAUUGUUCUCCAGACAGCAUCAUCUGCUGCAGCUCUGCAUCCCCCCAAACUCUCUGUACAGCCACAGUAUCCUGUAUAUUUUGAAGACGAGAGGCUUGUGCUCAUAUGCUCAGCUUUUCCAAACAUGACAGUGGAGGGAUACAGGUUCUUCAAUCAAGAUGGGCAGCAGAUCUUCAAAAUGGUUGUUAACCCUUACCAAAAGGGCAGGCUGGUUUUUAACGCUCAAAUGAACAACACCGGAAAUUACAGCUGCGAUUACUGGCUGGGGACACCUGGUACAGAGGUUACGUCCCCACAAAGAGAUUCCAUCUCCCUACUAGUGAAAGAGGCUCCUGCAGCCCCGUCCCUUUCUUUAAAUCCCCAACGCCAGGAGUACAGCCUGGAAGACUCUAUCAGCCUUGUGUGCUCAGCUCCGCCGGAAAUGAUGACAAUCAAGGAGUUCCGUUAUUACAGUGACAGAAUGAGCAUCUCGACUAGGGUGUCACACAGCAGCAACUACACACUCAACAAGAGCAUCAGAAAGCUCAUGAGCAUGGGGCCUUUCAGGUGUGCAUAUGCACUGCACAUUUAUGGACGAAAUGUGCUUUCAAAGAAGAGUAACCCUGUCACCAUUGUUGGAACAGGUGCCAGAUGGGGACAGAUGUUGGCCAUCGGUGGGACUUUCUUUGCCAUCAACGGUCUCAUCUUCCUCAUCUCCCACUGGUGUUUUUAA